AUGACCCGCACCCGAGCCUCGACCACCAUCGCCAGCGGGCCCACUCCCACCCUCUCACCACCAACAACAAACAGACGCCACCAGUCCAGCAAUACCCUCGAGAUGCCCCAAGACACCCCCACCCCCCUCGAACCGACCAUUUCGAAUGCAGGCCUCCCCACAAUCCGCUUCAUCCCCCACAUCGAAACCCGCUCCACCCGCCCUAGCCUGCACUUCCCCGCCACAACCCGCACCCUCAAACCCCCGCUCACCUUAGUGCGAGUAGGCCGCUACAGCGAACGCGACGCCCUUUCCUCCCCGGACCCAAACACCGUACCCAUAGGCUUCAAAUCCAAGGUCGUAUCCCGUCGGCAUUGCGAGUUCUGGUGUUCGGGCGGCCAAUGGUAUAUAAAGGAUGUGAAGAGUAGUAGUGGGACGUUUCUGAAUCAUGUCCGAUUGUCCCCGCCGGGGCAGGAGAGUAGGCCGUUUGAGGUGAGGGAUGGGGAUACGGUUCAGUUGGGGAUUGACUUCAAGGGGGGCGAGGAGGUGAUUUUUCGGUGUGUGAAGAUUAGGGUGGAAUGCAAUAGGGGUUGGCAGAAAUCACUGAAUACUUACAACACGACCGCACACAAAAAGCUUCUACGAAACGCCGUGGCGAAAAAGAGUAGGGACUCGGACGCCGCCUCGGUGAAUUCGAGCGAGUGUUCGAUCUGUCUUAACCCCGUGGCGCCGUGCCAGGCGCUUUUUGUGGCGCCUUGUAGUCAUGUGUGGCAUUAUAAGUGUGUGCGGAAUUUGAUUCAUGGGCCGGGGUGGCCGAAUUUCUUGUGUCCGAAUUGUCGGUUUGUGGCGGAUUUGGAGGCGGAUGUGGAACUGCCGGAGGAGGAGGAGGAGGAAUUCGAAGCUUUUGAUGAAGAGGACGAUGAGGGGGUGGAGGGGAGGGUCAAUGGAGGUGGGGUGGGAGGUGGGGAGGGAGAGGGAGAAGGGGAUGCGGCGAGGGAGAUGGAUGAUACGGCUGCUGAGGAGCGGAGGGCGGAUGGUGAUCAGCGUGGAGAUGAGCUGGCUGUUCAACCUCGACUACACAACCCCUACCCAUCCAACAGCGACGCCAAAACCAAAAUCAAAACCAGAACGAAAAUCGAAACCAAAGCCGGAAUCAAAGUCGUAGUCCCAGUUCCAGCCCCUCUUCCCAGGAUCUACUAG